AUUUUACUUUCCUUUUCCUUCUCCCACAAUAUAAAACCGGUUUCUUCUCCAUCUCAAAAUCUCAUCCGCCGCUGCUCACCUGACCUGGGCCAGUCUCUCUCUCUCUUUCUCUCUCUCUCACUCAAUGCUCCACCAGCAAUCCGUCUGAAGAAGAAAAGACCCAGAAGAGAAAAAAGAUCAGAAGCAAAGAGGAAAAUGGAGCUGAGCUUGGAUUUGGGUCUGGUUCAUAUCUCCAAAACAGUCGCCGAAUGUCUGAAGGAGGUCGCCAAAGUCAAGGAUGUUGGUCAGAAGCUUUCCAAGCUUGACGAUUACGUCAAUAGAUUGGAAGAUGAGCGCCGGAAGAUCGAGGUCUUCCGCCGAGAGCUCCCUCUCUGCAUGCUCCUCUUGAACGAUGCGAUUCUGAAAUUGAAGGAGGAAGCAUUGCGUUACAAGGAAUUGAAUGGUCGAGCUGGUGCUGGUCAAGGAGAUGGAAUAGGAGAAGAAGAAGGGAAGGUGAUGAACAAGAAGAGCUGGAUGGAUUCUGUACAGCUAUGGAAAACUGGGGAUUCCAACCAGAUGGACUCCAUAUCAGAACCAAAACAGAGAAGUGAGGAAGAAGAUGAUCGAUCUACCUGUGAGAAUCCAAUUCAGCAGCUUCCCACCAGGGGAGGGGCAUUCAUGGCGUUUAAGCCAACUGUUGGAUGUGGAAGGAAGGAAGAGAAGGAAGUUGUUUCACAAGCUACCGAGUUGUCUCUUAUGACUCCAUCUCCUCCUGAAUUGGUUCUUGCUCCGACUCGAGGCAGUAUUCAGCAAAUGAAGGUGCAGAGCACUAAGCCACAGCCACAGGCAUCACAGCUUCAGCCCAACAAGAAGCAAAGGCGGUGCUGGGAGCCUGAACUUCACAAGCACUUCAUGAAUGUUCUUGAUGAGCUGGGAGGACCUCAUGUGGCCACUCCCAAGCAGAUUAGAGAGCGGAUGCAAGUGGAAGGACUCACCAACGAUGAAGUCAAAAGCCAUUUGCAAGUAUGGUUUCUUUUAAGCAUCUUAAGACGUUAUCAUGCUUGUUUUUUUGAGUGAUUGGUGCAAGAGGAAUUAGAUACAUUUUGUAUCUGAGCAUCUCUCAACAACAUGAGUUAUAGAGACCAAGUGAUUUUCGACAGAGCAUCAAAGCCUUUGAGGCUCUGUCCAUAGUAAAACUGCAGUAUUAUAAGUUUGAUUUGACUAUAAGGUAUUUGAUGAGUCUCUGCAAAUUUGAAUCCUAUGAAUUGAUUACUUCUUGGACCUCCCUUAACAACUCAGGUUAUUGAGAUUGAGCUGUUUUUUUACACAAUUUGACAUGAAUUCGUUUCUUGUUGGUUGAGCAGAAAUACAGGCUUCAUAUCCGAAAGCAUACAACUCCUUCAGCUGGCCCGGCAAAUGGGUUGUGGACUCCCAAGUAUGAAGGCAACAACAGGGAUGACACUCCAAAGCCUAAAGUAUUACAGUCCAAUAUGGAAAGUGAAAGCAUGGGAGGUUUCUCUAGGUCCAGCAACGAAGGUGAAAGCAUGGAAGGAGGGGAUGAGAAAUCAGAGUGUCACGACAGUUCGAAAGGAGGGACCGAGAAGGUGAACAAUGAAGGAAGAGAAAUCGAUGUAUGGAGGUGAAAGGUAGAUUAAAGGCAUCAAAGUAUUCUGUAUACAGCAAGGUGGAGAAUCAGCUUGUAAAGAUGAUAGAAAAGAUAGACAGUCCAAACACAAAUAGAAAGGGGGGAAAACAAGAAGCUGCUGCUCUUAAGUAAUUUGUUAAACUAGUCUACUUUUGCGGCUAAUGUAGUUUCAGAGAGUGAUGAUAGGGUUUGAGGGGUUUUUUUUUUCUCUGCAGAAAACUGUUGUUAGCUCUAUGUAUGUCGUUGUUGUUUGUUGAUGAGGUUUUGAUGUAGUAAGAGUUUGCUGAAACUUGACUAAUUUUUGGGACUAUAACUAUGACUUUCAAUUUCAGUCUGUUGAGAGUGGAUAUAUAUAUAUAUAUAUGCAAGUUAUUCCAU